UUGAAUUCUCUCUAUUAUAUUAUUAUUAUAUACCCAUAUUCACCUCUUUUUCUCCCCUCUUUUUUUUUAUUUACACGCACUAAAAACACACACAUAAAAGAAGUUAAUUUUUGGGUUCUUGGUGGGCUUCGAUGCCUGAUAAUCGCCAGGUUAAGAGGAAUGUUGGUGUCUCCAAUUCUGCCAAUCCCUCUCAUAUUCAAGAGGGUUUAAGGAGGCUGAGAAUACAGCCUGAUGAGAAAGAUGAUGGUGGAGGUGGUGGUGGUGGUGGUGGUAAUGAUACAAGUAUGUAUCCGGAUCGUCCGGGGGAACCCGAUUGCAUAUAUUACCUGAGAACUGGAAUGUGUGGUUACGGGGCUGAUUGUCGAUUCAAUCAUCCUUCGAAUUUAGGGUUGCAGAUUGGUCAGUAUGGAACUGAACUGCCACAGAGAGUUGGACAACCUGAUUGUGGGUACUUUCUGAAGACAGGUACCUGCAAAUAUGGAGCAUCAUGCAAGUAUCAUCAUCCACGGGAUAGGCAUGGUGCAGGACCACUUGUACUGAAUACUUUGGGGCUUCCUAUGCGUCAGGACGAGAAUCCAUGCCCCUAUUACAUGCGUAAUGGAGCUUGCAAGUUUGGAAUCGGGUGUAAAUUCCAUCAUCCUCAGCCUGAUUCUGCAGUACCUACUGGACCUGCUGUGUAUGGAUCUACUGCUUCCUGGUCGUCACCGAAAUCAACAUACAUAUCUGCUCCUCGAUCAGGGUCCCAGACCUACAUGCCAGUCAUAUAUCCACCCUCUCAAAGCAUGGCAUCUGCACCAGAAUGGAAUACUUAUAUGAGUAAUUUGAGCCCUGCACCAUCCAAUUUUUAUGGCGAGUCAGGAUUCCGUGGAGCCGUACCUCUUUCAUCAGCAGGAGUUUCUAGCCUGCCUGAGAGACCUGAUCAGCCAGAAUGCCGAUACUUCAUGAAUACGGGAAGCUGCAAAUAUGGAUCGGAUUGCAAGUACAACCACCCGAGAGAAAAGAUUGCACAACUAACAGCUAGUUCUUUAGGCCCACUUGGCCUUCCUUUAAGACCUGGGCAAGCUGUAUGCUUAUAUUACAGUAGGUAUGGACUUUGCAAGUUUGGUCCGACCUGUAAAUUUGAUCAUCCUUUGGUGGGAUAUUCAUAUAAUUAUGGGAUGAACCUCCCUACCUUGUCUAUACAUCCAACGAACUUUCCUUACCAAAAAAAUACGUCAACGGUUCAUUCAUUGGAGUCAUCUCCCUCGAAGUCUCCAAAACAUCCCGACUGGUCAGGUAAACAAGAAGCUGCAAACAACAAUAACUCUAAUGCUAACACCCGUGAAGAUUCUCCAGAGAAAGCCGGGUCUCCCUCAGCGAAGGCAGAGGUUCCAGAAGCUCCCUUAAACUGAGAAUCUCCCCCCACCCCCACUUUUUUGUUCGACACUGAGCUGUUACUUGUAUGUGAACGGAAGUUUGGUAUACGCGGUACCCCCUUUUACCUGAUUAAUUAUUUGGGGGCGUAAUUGUUACUAGGAGUUACUUGCAAAGGAUCAAAACUAGGGGAUUUCGGAUGCUUUUCUAUGUAGUGAAUAACACUCAAAAGUACUGUUGCUUUUAAAUUAUGUUUACUUUGAUUUAAAUUUCAACAAUGUUAUUCCUCUUCCUUUGAAGAUCAUAUAUACUAGUAGUAAGUUUAAUA